CCCGCGGCGGCGCCGGGCACCGGAGAAGUGGGACGUGCCCUUCCGCAGCUGGCGCCUCGGGUGGGCGGUGCCUAGGGCAUUCCGACGCUGGACUCGUCCCAGUCGCUACCUCGGACGUCCGCGGAGGAGCAGCCAGAGUCCAACCCGCAGAUCGCAGCGGCGCUCUGGGCCUGCGACACCGAGGAACCAACAUGGUCUCACCCCCGGCGCUGCUGGCGCUGCUGGCGCUGUCCUGGGCGACCUGGGGAGCCGGAACGGGGACUGUCGUGGUCCAGGCACCUGCUCAGGUGAGCGGCCUCCUGAACGGCUCUCUGUUACUGCCCUGCCACCUGCAGCCUCUGGAGCCCAAUGCGCAGGUGACCCAAGUGACGUGGAUGCGGCAAGACUCAGAAGGAGGCCUCCACAAAGUGGCGGUCCGCCACCCGACGCGGGGCCCCAGCCUGGCGGAGCCGGAGCGGAUCAGGUUCGCGAGCGCGGAUCUGCUGGACGCCUCGCUCAGGGUGUCCGAGCUGCGCGCCGAGGACCAGGCCAACUACUCCUGCCAGUUCGCCACCUUCCCCAUGGGCAGCGGGAUCGCGUGGACCUGGCUCCGAGUGCUCGCCAAGCCCUGGAACACAGCAGAGGCCCAGGAGGUCCCACUGAGGCCAUCCACCUGGAAACCUGUGCCCGUGGCCCGCUGCAGCUCCAAAGGGGGGCGCCCACCCGCCAAAGUCACCUGGUCCCCGUUCCUGAAUGGCUCAGCCAACAGCACCGUGGAGCCAGGACCCCUGCCGGGCACGUACACCGUCAACAGCGUCUUCACACUGGUGCCCUCCAGCCAGGCAGAUGGCAGGAACGUCACCUGCAGGGUGGAGCACGAGAGCCAGGAGGAGCCUGCCGUGCUGCUGGUGACCUUGGCUGUGCCCUACCCCCCUGAGGUUACCAUCUCUGGCUAUGACGACAACUGGUACGUGGGCCAAGAUGAGGUCACCUUGAACUGUGAGGCACGCAGCAACCCAGAGCCCACAGACUACGCCUGGAACACGACCACAGGUCCCCUGCCAUCCUUUGCUGUGGCCCAGGGCACCCAGCUCCUGAUCUCCACCAACCAAGCGAUCAACAUGACCUUCAUCUGCCGCGUCACCAACGCUCUAGGGACAAGUCAGAAGGAACAGACCAUCCUAGUCAAAGACCCAGAGGGGUCUCGCCUGAGCCCCGGCGCCAUCAUCGGCAUCGUUGUUGCCACCAUCGCCUUCGUCAUCCUCAUCGUCGCAGGGAUCCUUUAUUUCAAGCUGCACAGGGGCCGUGAUGGCCACCGCGACCGACCCAGACCUUCGGAGAACGGGGACGUCACCUACGCCCAGGUCCCCCUGGAUGGACCAGCCGAAAGCACAAGGUGACAGUGUCAGCACUGAACAGAGGGACAGAACUGCUUAGCCGGGAGCCUCGCUGGUGGGACCCCACCCGAUGGUGGAAGACCCCUGCAGCAGGCCAGGCCGGCCCCGCGCACACCUGCAGCCUGUCCCCUCACGGUGCCGUGGGCGGCUGCGAGUUGGGAGCCCCCAGGGCCUCUUUCUGGGCUCCUCACUUGCAAGAAGAAUCCACAGGCCUCCAAGAAACCGCUCGCCUCACUCAGGAGAGCCGCCAGCUCACGACGACAGGUCACCAUCAGCCAAGAGGACAGCACCGAGCAGGUCUGGGGGAGCCAUCGGGGGCUCCUCCUCCUGCCUCUCCGGCGACUCCCAGGGUCAGCACUGAAUGCCCCCAGCACUGAUGUGACCUCGAGCCAGGGAAGCUCACCAGUGACCGGAGGGUCCCGACUUUUGUUUGUUUCUAUUGUUGUUAUUGUUGUUUUUGAACUGGGAUUGAAUCCAGGGACACUUAAGCACUGAGCCACGUCCCGGCCCUUUUUUAUAUUUUAUUGAGAGACAGGGCCUCGCUGAGUUGCUUAAGGCUAGGUUGCUGGGGCUGGCUUUGAACUUGAGAUCCUCCUGCCUCAGCCUCCUGAGCCAUUGGGGUUACAGGAGUGUGCCACCGCGUGUCCUGACUUUUUAUCGGGGUCAGCACAUGGACGCUGCUGGCCUUCUAUGCGGCUGACCCUGCUCUAGCCUCUCCAUAGUCAAACCAAGGGCCCCGCUGUAGCUCACUCCAUUACUGGAAACCCCCCUCCCCGAGUGGCCCAGGCCCUGAGGCAAACUGACAGGCAGGAUGUUCCAAGGGUUCACAGGUGACCUUGCAGGGGCCGGGGACAAAGGCCAGCUCUCUCCUUGGGCAGGGUUAUUCUUUUUCUGCACAGAGGACACCGAAUGUGCCUGCUGCCAGAGAAUGUGGGCCUCUGGCACUGAACUUCCAAAGGUCUGUGUCAGCUGGAUCUCCAUGGUGACAAGUAGCAGCCCUGAGCCUGGUCACCAAAGAGAACCAGACUGCCCAGGUUUGUACGAGGACCUGGAGUGGCAAGUGACAAGUGCGAGCCUGUGGGGGGCUGUCAGCCACCACCCAGAUCCCAGGACAGCAUCUGCAGCCGCGCCAGGAUUCCCGGGAGGUGACCUUUAGCAAGGUCAGACCCUGUGCCCAGCAGCUAUGCCACCCUGGACGCAGAGCCGCUCUGCAGGCCGCACUGACACUGAGAAACUUAUUAUUAUUUUUGACUUCUGUAGAUGGUCACAUGCCUCCAUCUUACUAGCUCCUUAUUAUUUUUACGUGGUGCUGAGUAUGGAACCCGGUGCUUACACGUGCUGGGCCAGCGCUCGCCCCUGAGCCCAGCCCAGCCCAAGAGACUUGGGACUUUUAAAGUUGACUGUGAAAGGCCUGCGGGAGGCGGGGGUGUUGCUCAGGGCUAGGGGACAGCCUGUGGCCAGCACACCCGAGGCCCUGGGAUGGAGUCCCAGCACCACAAAAAAAAACCCCUAGGAUCCGAGUCUGUGGGAGGAAACGCAGCAGGGUUUGGAGUCCCUCCAGAGAGCCCCAGAGAGCAGAGGAGGGUGGGGGAGAAGGGACAGGAGUGAGGGACCAGGCCGAGGUCCACACUGCUGGAGAGUCGAGGGAAGGAUUGACUUCCAUAUAUUUAUUUAUUUAAGUAAAAUUUAUUUAAUAAAUAAAUAAAAUUUAUUUAAAUAAACCCUUAGUUUAUUUAA